AUGGUCUUGAGUACCGAAUCUGCAAGGCCCACGGCACGGCUAGCCAUAGCAAAUCAGGACCGGAGACUUCUUCCUGGACCAGCUCUUCUCGAUGACUUAGUGCACUGCGAAUCAGAACACGCAAUAGCCAUACACUACAUUGGUCCUAGGGACGAUCGAAUUCUUCUUACCUUCAAUCAGUGCGACUUGAUCGUUCCGGUGGUCUUACCUCAGCAUCCAUCUCUGUAUAUCUCUUAUCUAGCUGUGCUGAAGCUUGGUGCUGCUUUUUGUCCUGUCACACCUGAUACCCCCCACGAGAGAAUCGCUUUCAUCAUCGAAGAUGUGGCUGCAAAGCUACUCGUCUGCCUGCCAGAGAUGCAGCAAACACUACAAGCCUUACUACCCAAGACAACGUGCGUCGCGGUCAAUCUCCAAGAUUUGCUAUCUGGUGACGAACAGUCCCUGCAAUUGACCCCAAGACCAUCCGCCAAAACCGCAUAUGUAAUGUACACUUCUGGCUCUACUGGAAAGCCCAAAGGCGUGCCUGUGUCCCAUCAUGCAGUCUGUCAGUCUCUGCUUGCCCAUGAUGAGAACCUCCCACAAUUCGAACGUUUCCUGCAAUUCGCUGCUCCUACUUUCGAUGUCUCAAUGUUCGAGAUCUUCUUCCCCUGGUAUCGAGGUUCCGCGAUUGUUUGUUGCGAGCGAGAAACAAUGCUGGCUGACCUGCCAGGCAUAAUUAACUCGAUGGACGUAGAUGCGGUCGAGCUCACACCAACUGUUGCAACGACCUUGUUACGCACGAGAUCUGCUGUGCCACGCUUAAAAAUACUCCUGACAAUCGGCGAGAUGCUGACAAAACAUGUCGUAGUCGAAUUUGGUUUCUCGCACACGCAAGACGGUAUGCUAUAUGCCAUGUAUGGGCCAACUGAGGCAUCCAUCCAUUGUACAAUGGUGGCACAGAUGAGCGCGACGGAUUCCGUCCACAACAUCGGACGUCCAUUAGCAACAGUGUCUGCCUACAUUCUGAAUGACUCCACUUCUCACCGGGAUCAUAUGAUCCUCGACAUAGACCAACCUGGAGAGCUGGCAAUCGCUGGACAGCUGGCUGAAGGAUACCUAAAUCGUCCCGAUCAGACAGCUGCGGCCUUCGUCGAAUUACCUGGUCAUGGGUGUGUCUACCGCACCGGAGAUCGUGCUGUUAUGAAGACGAACGGAGAAAUUCACAUAUACGGCAGAAUCGUUGGCGGUCAGGUAAAGUUACGUGGUCAGAGAGUUGAGCUUGGCGAGGUGGAACAAGCAGCCAUGCAAGUCGCCGGAGUACACCUCGCUGCCGCUUUAGUGCUUAAUGAGACCCUGGUCCUGUUCUGCUCGGGCGAACCGUCAUUGACCCUCAAAAAUGUGGAGGCUAGGUGUAAAGCGUGGCUGCAACGACAUAUGCGGCCAGGACACAUCGUGAUUGUGCCCGCUGGCUUGCCCCAACUACCUUCUGGCAAGGUCGAUCGGAAAGGUCUUGAAAACAUAUACGAGAACGAAAUGUGUGAAAAUGCUGUACGAGAUUCGCGAUCUGAUCAUUCCGACUUGGAUGCUUAUUUGCAGAAGGUCCUUUGUGAGGAAUUGAAGUCUGAAUUGAGUUGGCAUACUUCGCUACGCAAUUGCGGAUUGGAUUCGUUACAAGCAAUACGUGUUGCCUCGAAAUUGCGCAGCAAAUUCCCAGCCAUAACCAUCUCAACGGUCUUGGACGCGGAGUCGAUAACAGAUCUUUCAAGAUUGAUCACAAGAACAGGAGCACACAGCAUUAGCCAGAGCCACACAAAUCACGAUUCUAUCUUGAAGAGAACGUCAUCCAAGCUCUAUGACCUGGAGCACUAUUCGUCUAUUGGUCUGAACAUCGAAAAGGUCUUGCCUUGCACCCCAAUACAGAUUGCGAUGCUUGCCGAAACGUCCCAGGAUUCUCGUUACAACCUCAAUGAGAUCGUUCUAGCAACCCAAGACGUGGUCACAUUCUCUGAUAUGGUGUCGGCCUUUGAGACCCUCGCAUGCAACAACGAGAUAUUGCGAACCGCUUUCGCAGCGACAGGUGAUGCUAACAUGCCCUUCGUCCAACUAGUAAGGGCUUCGCCGUCCCUAAGCGAGCCCGCGAGCAUGACUAACACAUUACAAUUACGAAAGAGCCGUGUGCCGCACUCCAUAAUCGUUUCACUACAUCACGCGAUUUACGAUGGUUGGUCCUGGGACCUAAUUAUGAAAGACCUAAAUCACUUGCUGAGAGGUACGCCAGUCGGCGCCAGGCCAACAUUUGAGGACUAUCUUCGUGGACAACAAGCUUUAGACGAUUCGCGCAUUCAGCAAGACCUCGUUGCAUGGGCGCGUGACUUGUCAGAAGUCGAAGCCUGCCAGUUACCAACACUUCGUCCUGAGGUCUAUGAAGUCUCUACAAGAUCCAUCCAUUCGACUGAAUUGUGUUUGCAUCAGGACUCACUUGCGCAAUUUGCCCGACGUCGUCAUACCAGUGGACCAGCCAUUAUGCACAGUGCAGUCCUUCUCCUGCUGUGCAUGUUGUUGGACACCACGGACGUCACAACAGGUCUCGUCAUCUCAGGACGCGACCCCGUCAUAAACAACAUUGAAGACGUGAUUGGACCACUUAUAUCGACGCUGCCCGUCUCUGUACGGACGGACAGAUGCAGAGACACGGAAGACCUUAUGCAGCAAGUCCAUCGGAAACACUUGCAUUGUCUGCAGCACUCACGACCAUCUCUGGCGCAGAUCAAUUCUGCCUUGAAGAGGUCGACAAAUACACCGCUGUUCGAUACCAUCUUCGUCUGGCAAGAAUCUCUUUACUCGCAAUCUGUAAUGUCGGAUUUUGUUUCAGUGAGCAGCAGCUUUGAUUUCUUGCCCUAUGCUUGGAUCAUCGAGGUCGAGCCUAAGCAAGACAAACUCUGCCUCAAAUCCACAUACGAUCCAGCAAGGAUAGCUGACAAACAAAUACGAAUUAUUCAUCAGCAGAUCGAUGGCAUAGUCACUAUGCUCACAAAAAGUCCUGCCGAGACACUUGUUCCUAGAAUGUGGUCGUUACUGGAUGAAAAUCUCUUGUCAACGUCAAAUGUCGACUUUGCAAGAUUUCAGUCCGACAACUUCACAGCAAAGAUCGAGAGCAUAGCACUCCACGAUCCUGAUAAAAUAGCUGUUGAUUUUAUCGUCGAUUUUGACCCAACAAGCGCAUCAAUCUCUCGUGAACGCUUAACAUACCGACAACUCAAUAAACAGUCGCUACAUGCUGCCAAUGUGCUGCGGACGAAAUACAAGCUCAAGAAAGACAACAUCGUCGCUAUUCAGAGCAAGAAAUGUAUUUCUUUGUACGUCUUGAUCUGCGCCACUUUACGAGCUGGGGUUGCAUAUCUUUGCAUUGAACCUAACACGCCAGAGACCCGUGUCAAGGAGAUCCUGCAACAGGCACAACCACAAGUUUUAGUGGUCGAUGCUGAAAUCCUUCCAAAGUAUCGUGAUCAGUCUUCCCCAAUGGUCGCGAGUUUCGAUAGUGUCGUUUCUGAGAAUGCUACGCUACUGGAACCACUGAGAAUGGAAUCAUCUGGCAGAGACUUGGCUUACGCAGUCUUCACCUCAGGUAGCACUGGUGCGCCAAAAGGUGUUCUCGUUACCAGGGCAAAUCUCAUGAGCAAUAUUCAACAUUUGUCGGAGACAUAUCCACACGACGCGACAUCCAAACUGCUUCAGUCAUGCUCCCCAGCGUUCGACGUGUCGGUCUUCGAGAUAUUCUGGACAUGGCAUUGCGGGUUGACGUUGUGUUCAGCCAACAACGAUGUGCUGUUCAGAGAUGUGGAGGCAUUUAUCAAUACUGCGGGUAUCACACAUCUCGGUAUGACACCUUCAGUUGCGGCACUUGUCAACCCCGACAGAGUCCCCAAUGUUGCAUUUCUGGUGUGCUCUGGCGAGCCGAUGUCCGCUAAGGUUUUCAAUGCAUGGAGCCAACGUGGUCUGUACCAAGGAUAUGGACCAAGUGAGACGACUAAUAUAUGUAACGUUCGACAUUAUCGCCAAGAUCGUGCAUACAUCAAUAACGUCGGACCGGCGUUUCCCAAUACGUCGCUUUUCGUAUGCGCCCGGCGUCGACCCGAAGAUCUUUCUCGUGCUCAAACUUUGUCAGACUUCACACUUCUGCCGAAAGGUAGUGUGGGCGAGAUAUGGAUAGGUGGACAACAGGUUGGUAGAGGCUAUACUGACCCAGAUCUAACGUCGAGGAGCUGGCUCGAUCAUCCGAAGUAUGGACGACUGUACAGGUCAGGAGAUAUCGGCAAGUUAUUGGCAGAUGACUCUCUGGUUGUAUUAGGUCGUGAAGAUGAUCAAGCUAAGAUCCGAGGCCAACGUGUUGAACUCAAUGAGAUCAAUGCUAGGCUUAUGCAAUUUCCUCACGUUUCAGAUGCUUUUAGUUUCAUAUUGCCGAAAGAGUACGGGAACGACAAGCUUGUGUGUUUCUUUGUUGUCGCUUCGGGCGAUAGUGAGAAGCUGAUAGGAAUGCUCUUUGAGCAUUUGAGGGACACACUACCAAUUUACAUGAUUCCAGAAGCAUUAAUUCCAUUGGACGAGUUGCCACUGACACAUCAAGCCAAAGUGGACAGGAAACGACUUACCACAAUUCACAGUCAAAUGAGCCAUGAGCAAAUGGCUCUUUACUCUGACUCGAGCCCUGCUGAGCUGGGCAAUCAAAUAGUGGACGAGAAAACUCGCAAAGUCGUGGAAGUCUUGUCGGAGCUUACUGGCCUGCCGACAUCUGAGAUCAAUGUCCAUGGUUCUUUCUUUGCUUAUGGUCUCGACUCAAUUAGUGCCAUUGCCUUUGCUCAAAGAUUGAGAUCUAGCAAUAUAGGGACAAUCGAAGUUUCUACAGUCAUGAGACACUCUUCAAUCAUGAGACUUUUACCUUUUAUCGAAGAUGUCUCUGAGCAUGCGAGAUAUGGUACACCUGCUUCAGAGCUCGUGCCAGACACGACAAAGAGCUCGUUAACCAAGAAACUCGAGGCCGAAGGCUAUCAGGUUCAUGCCGUGCUCCCCUGCACUUCGUUGCAAGAAGCUAUGCUGUCCACGUCUAGCUCUCGAGGCGCUACGUCUUAUCUCAACCACGUUGUGCUCCGCCUGUUCAAAGAUUUCAACAAGGUCAAGAAUGCUUGGUCCUGUUUGGUACAACGUCACGAGAUUCUGCGAACAAUUUUUGUCAUGACUGAGGACGACCAUCAUCCAUAUAUGCAGAUUGUGCUUGGUUGUGCGAAUCUACCCUGGACAGAGGCAACCGAUGUAUCUAUGGAUAAAGUUCCUCCUCUGUUCGAUAGUCUGCCUUACAGGCUUCAGCUCGUUCCUAGUUCUAGUGGUCACACAGAGCUGCAUCUCUUCAUGCACCACGCGAUCUAUGAUGCUCAGUCCCUGACUCAACUAUUGAUUGAGGUUGAGCUCAUUUGUAAGUUGCAACCUCUUUCUGAUGCAGUUCCAUUCUCAAAGUAUCUCGACCACAUCUCAGCGAAUGACAAUGAAUCUUUGGAAGCCUUCUGGAACCGCCAACUGAGAGAUGUCACGCCUUCUCGGCUAUCGGAAGUUGUCGAGCAGCACGACUCUAAUAGUAGUCAAUCAUCGAGCAAAUCAUGCCCGGUGCCCUAUACCGAGCUAGUCACACUUGCUAGGAAAACCUCAACCACACUGUUGGCUUUAUGUCAGGCAUCUCUAUCGAGGGUUUUGUCUGCCCUGUUCGCGAACCGGCAAGAUAUCUGCUUUGGCACCGUUCUCAGUGGACGCACUACAACUCUUACCACUAAUGCUGUCGGUCCCUGCUUCAAUACUGUCCCUACCCGAGUCGCGAUACGCAGGAAUACUACGAACGCUGAUAUCUGUCACGCUUUGCAGGAAUACAACGCCGAGGUCUUGCCAUUCCAAGGCACGCCCUUGAGACGACUGCAGAGACAAUACAGCAGGGAUGGCAGACGUCUCUUUGAUGUCCUAUUGUUGCUGCAAUCUCCCAGAACGGACCUCGAUCAGUCGAUAUGGAAGUUAGUGCGAGAAACCGGUCAGAUGGAUUUCCCAUUCGUAGUUGAGGUGCAACCUGAACCUGGGACAAAUGUUCUCCACGUCACGAUUCACAACACAGUAGUGAAAGACAACAGCUUCAAUGACUUCUUCUUGGGCCAAUUUCUGGCAAUUCUCAAGGACACUGCAGAGAAACCUCCGGCACUCGCUGGCGAAGUAAUGCAUCUCUUGCCCGAAUCUGAGAUACGAUUCAUCAAUUACGUUAGAACCUUUCAUAGCAAUAUUGACGGCCACAGAAUUGAACAAGAACACAACGAUACCAACAAAGCCCUUCUAGACUCCACAUGUGGUAAGCAUUUACUCGAAGCAUUGGCCUCAAUGACAUCGAGAGACAUCCAAUCAAUCACGCCUCGGACGAAUGUUUUCCAGCUUGGGCUUGACAGCAUCAGUACUGUUCAAUUGGCUGCACGACUGAGAGUGUUCGGCUACCGGAUUUCAUCCGCAGACAUUCUCGACAAGCCUACGCUUUCUGACAUCGUGCGAUUCUGUCAACAGAGUCAAGGUGUAAGAGACGCCGAGCACGUCGACGGCUUCGAUAUUGACGCUUUUGAGAAGAAGCAUGAGCAGUCCAUUAUCGGACGCUUUCACCUCGAUCGACAUGUGGUGCAGGCUAUCUGGCCAUGUUCCGCAACACAAAUAGGUAUCUUGUCAGAAUACCAAAAGUCUCAUGGUCGUUUGUACUACAACAGCAUACAAGUUCGGCUUGGACAAGAUUUCGACCAAGGUCGGCUUGAAAGAGCUUGGGAGCAAAUAGUAAGGCGUCACGAGAUGCUCAGGACUACCUUUGUUGAGAUCUACGAUAAAGAUAUACCUUUUGCUAUGCUGGUGUACGUCCCAGGACACGACAAGCCCAUGCAGAUUCUGCUUGAGCAGGAAGAUCAAUAUCCAUUGCGGAAGCCUACCGCUAAUAUCAUUCCAAAACCUUUCUCACGACCACCGUGGUCUUUCCACUUGUCCAAAGAUGGAGGCGAAAUCUCGAUAAACGUGCACAUGUUUCACGCGCUCUACGACGCUCGAGCUCUGGACAUCGUCCUCCACGACAUGCAGACUUUAUAUUAUGGCGAAGAUCUGAAACGUCCGCCAUCUGUGCAUGAGGUUUUGAGCCUCAUUGUACACAAUAAUAGAUCUCAAGACAUGGAUACCAGCUACUGGAAGCAGAUGCAGCCUAUGGCACACGCGACAACUUUCCCGGACCUCAAUAUUGAACGUGACGUACCAUCAAAGCUACAAGUUUCCUGGUUUCAACUCACAAGCCCGCUUUCAAUGAUUCAAAAGGCAUGUGAAGAUGCAGGCUGUGCCUUAUUGGUGGCAUGUCAGGCUGCUUGGGCUCAACUACUAGCCGCCUAUACCGCGCAACAAUAUGUCACCUUUGGGACUAUCCUUUCUGGGCGCUCGUUCAACAAACAGGAGCUCAAUGAUGCUGUUUUCCCUACAAUUAAUACUGUACCUGUAAUUGUGGAUAUGUCACACGACUCCGAAUCGCUACUUGAACAGAUCGCACGAACGAACGCACGUCUGCACAAAAACCCACAUUUGUCACUACCGCGAAUCAAAGCAGCCCUAGACGUCGAAGGGAACCUCUUCGAUUCUAUCCUUGUGCUCCAAAAAUACUCGCAAGCUGACCAAGCUCAAAGAUCGUGGGAAAUUAGUUCCGAUCAAGCCAGUGCGGAAUAUGCCGUGUCAAUCGAGGUCGUUCCACGAGAUGAUGAGCUGGCCUUGCAAUUGACAUACAAUCAAAAAGUUCUACCCAAGGAGCACGCUUCCGUCCUGCUUCUGCAAUACGAACAGCUGCUCCAUGAUGUUCUGCACAUACCGACGCAUCACGAUACGGAAAGCAAAAGCAUAAAAGCUGGGCGUUCGCCUGUGACGACUUCGAUCAAGUCGGAUCACAAAAGUCUUCCUGAUCUGGUUCUAGCACGUGCUACACAGGACCCGACUGCGACUGCCCUCGAGUUUGUGUCGGAUAUCCGAGGGGAACAGAUACUCCGGCAGACGUGGACAUAUGCGGAAUUAGUCGCUAGGAGCUCACAAAUUGCCAACCUGAUCCUAGAACAUGGCGCUCAGCGAGGCGACUUCAUUGCUAUCUGCUUCAACAAAUGUCCAGAGGCUUCUUUUACUCUUCUCGGAACUCUUAUGGCAGGAUGCGCGUACGUGGCAAUAGAUCCUGGUGCGCCGAAAAGCCGACAAGAUUUCAUCCUACAAGACGCGAGUUGCAAGCUUGUUAUAACAACAUCCGAUAUUGUGGUGUCGUUCGAAGGAAUGCACGACCUCCAAGUGCUUUGCGUGGACGAUGACGAGAUGAUGGGAACACAAAGCACGGAGAGACCUCAAUUACAACGACCUGUGGCAGGGACUGACGUGUGUUAUUGCCUGUAUACCAGCGGCACGACUGGCACACCCAAAGGCUGUAUCAUCAACCACAAUUCUGUUGUCCAGGCAUUAGUUUCUUUCGCCCACAUACUCGAGAAGCGUUGGACUGAGAACUCUCGGUGGCUGCAGUUCGCUGCUUACCACUUCGAUGUUAGUGUGCUUGAGCAUUUCUGGAGCUGGAGUAAAGGUAUUUGUGCUGUUGUUACCCCUAGAGACCUUUUAUUCGAGGAUUUGUCUGGCACUAUCAGCAAGUUGUGCAUUACGCAUCUCGCUCUGACACCCAGUCUUGCUCGACUACUGACACCCGAAGUAGUGCCGUCGUUGCGUGAGGGUGUAUUCAUUGUUGGAGGCGAGCAAUUACGGCAAGAUGUCAUUGAGACUUGGGGUGAAGAAGGCUGCCUCCACAACUUUUAUGGACCUAGUGAAGUCACAAUCGGCUGCACGUUCCGACCCAUAUCACACAAGACAUUCAAGCUUGCGAACAUAGGUCAAUCAUUUAUCAAUGUCGGCACGUAUGUGGUCGCACCCGGUACAGACAAUCUUGUCCUGGUUGGGGCUGUAGGCGAGCUUUGUCUAUCUGGACCCCUUGUUGGCGUUGAAUAUCUGAACCGGCCUGACCUCACUGCUGAAAGAUUCACAAUCCUGAGAGGUAUUGGCGAUCGUGUGUAUCGAACAGGAGAUCUUGUCCGUAUGCUACACGACAACAGCUUCGAGUUCAUAGGUCGGAUAGACGACCAGAUCAAGCUUCGUGGUCAGCGCCUUGAAAUAGGAGAAAUCAACCACGUCAUAUCGCAAGCCAUACAGGCCGAUGUGGCUACAUUGGUGCUGAAACACUCCGAGCAAGAGAAGGAGCAGCUGGUUGCAUUCUUUGCUCAGGAAACAACUGCGAAAUACGGAGACAGAAGGCCGAAGGCACUCGAAGAUCCCGAGAUGAGGGCACGUAUUCGCGUGGCACGAAAUGCUACUGCUGAGCAAUUGCCUGCGUACAUGAUGCCUACUUAUUUCAUGGCUAUUGACUUUGUACCUCUGACGGUCAACAACAAGGUGGACUCCAAAGCUCUCAAAGCCUUGUAUUGCUCUCUUCCUCUGAAACAGGUACGUCAAUUCCAGAUCACAGAUUUUCAAGAUCAGUCUGUGCCAGUAGAGAAUUUUGAGCGGAUCGUUGCCCUGGUCACAGAGUUCCUAGACCUCGCACGCGACAAUAUCACUUGGGGCAGUUCUCUUCUCCAGCUCGGCCUUGAUUCGAUAUCAGCAAUAGGUCUAUCGAGAAAGCUCAAAGCAGCAGGCCACCAUCGAGCCUCUGUGGCAAUGAUACUGAAACAUUCCGUGAUUGGUGACCUCGCUGAGAUUCUCUGCCAGAACACAAGCCAGCACGACGCCAGGAUCCAUGAGGAACAAAAUUUAGCAGAGCAGAGAAUACACGCAUUCGCUGCUGAACACGAACCAUCAGUCUCACGAAGACUGUCCAGUCACUUAGGCAAAGUCAAGUUAGUGGCACCGUGCACUCCUCUUCAAGAGGGCAUGAUCUCAAAGAUGUUGAGCAGCAAUGCUGACCAACCACCAUACCUUGUGAAGUUUCUGUUUUCUCUCAAUGAUUGCGACAUUCCUGCACUAAAACGUGCCUGGGAUGUUCUCCAAAAUCAACUCGAUAUAUUAAGAACUCGAUUUGUACCAACAGAAGAGGGAUAUGCACAAGUCAUCUUCGAAAACACACCGAACUGCUGCAACAUGGAUUAUGGAACGGAUUCUAUGCAAGAAGAUCCCGUUCAGUCAAUUGAUGCAUCCUUUCGGAGGUGGAUUGAAACUGCGAGAAGACUUGACUCUGCAUGGCCGUGGCAGGUCUGGCUCGUUCGACGCGAUCGAGGCCGUUCUAAUUACAUGUCGGUUUUCCUCUUUCAUGGCCUUUUUGACGGCAUUAGCAUGCCUCUUAUGCUCGAUCAACUCAAUCGUGUCUACCAGCAAUUCAGUGCGAGUUUGAAACAACCUUCAUUACAUAAGGCUCUUUCGUUCGGCCCUCUACUGUCACUAAAACAAGCUCCCGACUUUUGGCGAAAGACACUUCCUCACGUCAGAUUACUUCCACUACAAGAUGAUGAGUGGUUGGACACCUCAGUGUCGCAUACCGUACGGAAAAAGCUCAGCCUGAAAAUUAUACGUCAGCAGGGAAGGGCUAUAGCUGUCACUUCUCAAGCUAUCUUUCAAGCUGCAUGGCUCUUUACUUUAGCAAAGUUCUUCGAUGUCAAUCCCACAAUUGGUAUUGUGUUGUCAGGUCGUUCUAUUGACCUUGAAGGCGCAGAUGAGUUCAUAUUCCCAAUGUUCAACACUCUGCCUUUUAGCGUCACUGUUACCGGAGAGGGUUCCUCGCUGGCAGAUCUCAUCAGGACAUGUUAUCAAAAGAAUGUCGAUGUUCUGCCAUUUCAACAUACUCCUCUUAGCAAUAUCAGGAAAUGGCUGGCCAUGAACACAACGCAAGAGUUGUUCAACUCCUUGUUUGUCUAUCAGGGGCUACGAGACACAGGACGCGACACGACGAAAUGGCCAUGGAGUGAGGAGCGAUCCGAAAACAUUGCCGACUAUCCCCUCAACAUCGAAAUUGAGGAAGUCUUAGAGAACCAGUACAGCAUAGUCAUCGUGGCAUCUAGUCCUUCUUUGCAGAAGCAAUCAAUCUCUACCCUUCUUGAACUUUUCACCACAACACUACAGACGAUAUCUAAAGCGAGUGAAACUUCACUACCAACAGCUUUCUCUGAGGACAAAGAUGUCAUCAGAUUGCACCAGCCUACUCACUCUCAACACAGAGAGGCCAGUGAGGAUGACCACGAGAACGAGUCAAUAGCAAUAAGUAUCAUUAGGUCCGAGAUCUCACGACUUGCUAGCAUCGACGAGUCAGCUAUUGGCAGUAAGCAGCCCACAAUCUUCGAAAUUGGAUUAGACAGCAUUGAUGCCCUCAAGCUGACCACAAGGCUCAAACGACGAGGUCUUGCUUUACCUGUGAGCAAAAUUUUACGGCAUCCGACAAUAGCAGGCAUGGCCGAACAGUCCAUCGUGAUCCAUGAUCAAGCACCUAUAAAUGGCGUUCACGAUGACGCGAAGUGGUACAGCUUAUUGAAAGACCAGGGUGUCCACCUCGAGGGUAUUGAGACGACAUUACCCACAACUUCGAUGCAGGAAGGCUUACUGCUUGAUUAUGAACGGUAUUUCAAUGUCAUGGUUUGGAAGUUGAGUGCACAGACAGACCUGAGACCCUUCGUCGAGGCAGUUCACCGAUCCUACCAAAACUUGCCAAUCCUGAGGACCAAAUUCGUAAUGCUUGCAGAGCCAGUCGAGAAAGUAUCCUUCCUACAAUUGAUUACUAAAGCUCAAAGUGGUGGGCGAAAGUCCCAGCUGACCUUCUCUCUGAGAAACCAUGAGGCACUGAAAGAACACAUACAUUCAUUGAGAAAGAACGCUGGUUUAAUCAAUUCUCAACCUCAGCUGCAAGUGGCUACUCUAGACGACGGUAGAAUAUACUUCAUACUGGCACUUUCGCAUGCUCACUAUGAUGCAUGGUCAUUGCACCUAUUACUCAAUCAUAUCCAACAAUCAUAUCAAGCACAGUAUCCUGGUCCCAUGGAAGUUGGCACGAUAGCAAUGCAUGUUAAUGCGAUCAAAGAAAAUAGCGUAAGUGAAGCGGCUACACGAUUCUGGUCUGCACAUCUGCAUAAUGUUCAGGCUUGUCUGGUUCAAAAUACAGUAGGCGACUGUUCAGCCACGUUGAGACACAAGACGUCGAGUAUCAAACCCUUACAGCUCCACGCUGUCUGUCGAAAGCAUGGUAUUACACUCCAGUCUCUUGGCCUCGCUGUAUGGGCCCUGACCCUGAGUCACCUCAGCAAACAGAGAGAUGUCAGCUUUGGGCUAGUGGUUUCCGGUCGAAUGUCUGAAGAGACAGAAAACCUCGUAUUCCCUGUCUUCAACACAGUCAUCUAUAGACCACAGAUCGACCUGCGGUGUACAGCCUCGGACCUUCUAAAGAGCAUCCACAAUAUGAGCGUGCAAAUCUACGAGUAUCAGCAGUUUCCUUUGACGAAUGCUUUGACACUUGCAAGAACUGGUGGCGCUGAGCUCUUCAACACACUGUUCACGUUUCAGAAGAAGCCACGCCGAGAAGCGGACGAUCAGCCAAUUUUCGAGGAAGUUGACUUGGACGAUGGUGAACUCUCACCUCCAUAUGCGAUCAAUGUGGAGAUGGAGGAGAAGAACGAAGGUCUCGUAUGGACUGUUGCUACUCAAGCUGGUGUCAUGGCUAGUUCAGGUGUGGAAGAACUCCUUGACAAGCUCGAUAAAGUGCUCGACUUCCUUAUUCACAACGACUCCGAACCAGUUUUCGAUCACUACAGAAACGAGAUUUCUAUUUGCGGACUACCUCGAACAGAGUUUGUGAAGCAAGAAGAGCACAUGCAGCCCAUCGGCGAUCGUCAAUCUGAGCAGCAGGAAGUACAAAAUUCACAGUGGACGCCCAUGGAGGAAACAGUCCGCAACGUCUUCUCGCAGGUGUCAAAUGUUCCUCAGGAAGAGAUAUCCAAGCAUACCACUCUAUUCGAGCUAGGUUUGGACAGCAUCAGUGCAAUCAAGAUUGCCAAGUCCUUGCGCGAAGUCGGUCUGCGAGUACCAGUCAGCAUCGUUCUAAAAGGUCAAAGUGCUGCGAAGAUUGCAGCGGCUGCGUCAGCAGAACUCCCAAAUCAAGUUAUCAAAGAUCGAGAGCAGGUUAGCAGGUCAUUACAAUUAGAAGAAAACUUGCUUGCAACAAUCAACCACUCACUUGACCUUGCAGAUGUAAGUCCGCAGCACGUUGAGACUGUCCUGCCAGCGACAGCAGGACACGUAUACAUGCUAGACAUGUGGCGUGCAAGCAAAGGUCGGCUAUUCUACGCAACCUUCUGGUUGGAUGUCCGAAACUGCUCGGAAAUUAUGUUCAGGGCGGCUUUUCAAAUGCUCAUUGGCAAGACUCCUGCUCUGCGUACCAGAUUUAUCGAAUCUGGCAACAAGUACUAUCAAGUUGUGUUCAAGACAAGCUCCAAAGAGACGGGACCACUACAGUAUGAAAUCAUGCAGAACGGCAGAGGCUUAUUGGUGUCUUUACAAAUUCAUCACGCAAUCUACGACGCCGUCAGCCUUGAGGUGAUGCUUCAAGCAUUAGAGAAGUUGUGUCGGAACAAAGACUCGUCAAUCGAGCUUGCAACCAAUAUUGAACCAUUUCUGACCACUACAAUGUCAAAGGCAGCACAAGCACAGGCCCGCGAGUUCUGGAUGAAUUAUCUUGACGGCAAUCACGCAAGCGAAAGAAAGACGAGGAAAAGCAGCUUCACCGUCGAUCGUAGCAGUCGCUUCUUUCCAGAUCUACUAUCGACAACAAUGCUAGCUGAAGUUGGGCGCAAGACAGGACUAAGCAUACAGUCAAUCUUCUUCGCAGCCAUUGCACGAGUACGUGCUCGCCGUCGACAUCAGGCGGAGGGUCAGGCAUCUCCGACCAUAACACUGGGAGUCUACUUCGCCAAUCGAUCGCUGGACAUUGAGCGCAUCACUGAGCUUGUGCAACCUACCUUCAAUAUUCUCCCUGUACGGGUUGAUGUCUCAAAGGGUUCACCCUUGUUGGUAUCUGCUCACAAGCUCCAAGGAGAUAUGAUGGAGAUCUCACUAGCCGAGCAUUGUGGAGUGAAUAUGCGGGAUUUGCAUGCCUGGACUGGGGUUGAGGUAGAUUGCUAUGUCAAUUUCAUAAAGCUGCCCGAGAACACAAACCACGAAGGUGAGACACAUGAGGCUGGUAAAGACGAGGAUGUAGUUAGAAUCCAGCACGCUAGUGGUGAAGCAAGAGAACAGGCAAAGAGCAUUGCGGUUACACCCGGUGCAUCGCCACUGAUAGGUGGAACUGUCGAGGUUGGAGAGGGUGUUGAGUGGUGUCGUCCGGCUUUGGAUGUGGAAGCGAAGAUAGACGCAGAUGGUAUGCUGGCAGUUGGCAUGUUUGCACCGGAAGAUAUGUUUGGCGACAAGGCUUUGGAGGAUUUGAUGGUGGAAUUGAGGGAGGAUUUGGAAGCUGUGCGGGUAUAA